UGUGAGAGAGUGAGUUGAACGGGGUAGGUGUGACCGUGUGAGAUUUACCAGAGCCACCCACACCACCAAUACAUUGAUCUUCAACUAACAGUCUUAACACAGUAUAAAACCCACUCUCUUCCCAUUUCUUGCACGUUGGCAAACAAUAAGCUUGCAAUCUCCGCUCCCUCCACUUCAUCAUGCAAUUGCAAUCUCUCGCUCCUUCCUCCUCUCUGCAUCUCAAAUCUAUAACCCGGUUGACCCACAACCGAGUCAACCCCACCCGAUUCCUCAUCCAAUCCGCCUCCACCACCGCCGCUGAAGCCCCCGCCCAAGUCAGCCGCCGCUACGAGUGGCAGAGCGCCUGCGCUAUUCUCGCCAGCAAGGUCGUCUCCCAGCAGCAGGACAUCGACAAGACCGAUGACGGCUCCGUCAAUGGCCACGUCUCCCUCGACCUCCUCCCCGUCAAUAAAGACUCCUCCACACCGGCGCUUCCGAAGCCGCUCACCAUCGCCGACCUCUCCCCUGCGCCGACGCACGGCUCUCAGCUCCGCGUGGCCUAUCAAGGCGUCCCGGGAGCCUACAGCGAGGCCGCCGCCGGGAAAGCCUACCCGAAGUGCGAAGCCAUCCCCUGCGACCAGUUCGAAGUGGCCUUCCAAGCCGUGGAGCUAUGGAUAGCCGACCGUGCCGUGCUGCCGGUGGAGAACUCGCUGGGCGGCUCGAUCCACCGCAACUACGACCUCCUCCUCCGCCACCGCCUCCACAUCGUCGGAGAAGUCCAGCUCCCCGUGCACCACUGCCUCCUGGCGCUGCCCGGGGUGCGGAAGGAGUACCUGAGGCGCGUGAUCAGCCACCAGCAGGCGCUCUCCCAGUGUGAACACACGCUCACGCGGAUGGGGCUGACCGUGGCGCGUGAGGCCGUCGACGACACGGCCGGCGCGGCAGAGUACAUCGCGGCGAACGGGCUGCGCGACACGGCGGCGAUCGCGUCGGCCCGGGCGGCGGAGCUGUACGGGCUGCAGGUGGUGGCGGACGGGAUCCAGGACGACUCGAGCAACGUGACGAGGUUCGUGAUGCUGGCGAGGGAGCCGAUCAUACCGCGGACGGAUCGGCCCUUCAAGACGAGCAUUGUGUUCGCGCACGAGAAGCAAGGCACCAGCGUGCUCUUCAAGGUGCUGUCGGCAUUCGCCUUCAGAAACAUAAGCCUCACCAAGAUAGAGUCGCGACCCCAUCGGAACUGCCCCAUACGAAUCGUCGACGACGCAGACACAGGGGCCACCGCCAAACACUUCGAGUACCUAUUCUAUAUAGAUUUCGAGGCAUCCAUGGCGGAGGCGCGUGCGCAGAACGCUCUGGCCGAGGUGCAGGAGUUCACCUCUUUCUUGAGAGUGCUGGGCAGCUACCCCAUGGAUAUGACGCCAUGGGCCCCUUCCUCUGCUCAAGAUUAACUUUUUUUUUUACUCCUUUUUCAUCUCAAGGUUAAUUAAUUAUGCUUCAUCCGUCACGUGUGAUAUAGUAGUAGUAGUAGUUGUUGAAUAAAUACUUCGAUCUUGCGUGUAUAUAGCUGUAUUUUUCUUUCACGAAAAUGUAUACCACAGUUAUCUAAUUUCUCCAGAUGUCAA